CGCUCCCCGCAGGCCGCGGCGCCGAGCGCACGUUCGUGGCCGUGAAGCCGGACGCGCUGCAGCGGCGCCUGCUCGGGGACAUCGUGCGGCGCUUCGAGAGGAAGGGCUUCCGCCUCGUGGCCAUGAAGCUGGUGCAGGCCUCAGAGGACCUACUGAGUGAACAUUACUUUGCCCUUCGCGAUCGCCCCUUCUACAAUCAUCUGGUGAAGUACAUGAGCUCGGGUCCUGUUGUCGCCAUGGUUUGGCAGGGAUUGGAUGUGGUGAAAACUGCUCGUGCAAUGAUUGGAGAAACUAAUCCAGCUGAUUCCAGACCUGGCACCAUCCGUGGGGAUUUCUGCAUUGAAGUUGGCAAGAACGUGAUUCAUGGCAGUGACUCUAUUGAGAGUGCACGAAGGGAGAUUUCACUCUGGUUCCGUGAAGAUGAGCUGAUCUGCUGGGAGGACCAUGCUGAGCACUGGAUCCAUGAGUAACAAGAAUGGCUCUGAGGAAGCCCUUGCUGUCCUUCAGGCUUGAUCAAAUAUUUGCUCUGCAACAGCCUGAAACACAGUCUGCUACUGGAAGAACCAUGUUUGUUUUAUUUGAGUCCUGCCCCCCUACCCUACCAGCCCAUCUCUUUAUACAGUGUUGGUGUGAAGGUGGUAAGAGUUUGACUUUCCCCUCAAAAAACAGGCUGGACUCAUUCAUUUGUUCUCAUCAAUGCUGAUGAACAACUG